CGGAAGUUGGCUAGGCUGCCUUCGCUUCUCAAGAUGGCAGUUCUUGGACUUACCCUCGGUACCUUCAUACUUGUGCUGCACAUUACUUCUGUGGCUAAUUAUCCCAGUGGGAAAGUAGGAAGGUCAUGCCAUGGAAUGGUUCCUGAACAUGGUCAUACCACACACCCUGAUCCUGUUCACAACGUUUCAGUGAGUCAGAUGACAUUCAGACCCGGAGAUCAGAUCGAAGUUACCUUGUCAGGGCAACCGUUUAGAGGCUUUCUCUUAGAAGCACGGGAUGCGGAGGAUUUGAGUGGCCCUCCUGUUGGCUCCUUCACAUUGAUUGACAGUCAGGUGUCCCAGCUUCUGACCUGUGAAGACGUACAGGGAUAUGCUGUGAGUCACACAAGUCCAUCCAAGAAAACAAAAGUUAAAGUCUACUGGAAUGCUCCAAGCAAUGCUCCGAAUCACGUAAAGUUUCUAGUCACAGUUGUUGAGAAGUAUAAAAUCUACUGGGUGAAGAUUCCCGGUCCGAUAAUUUCACAGCCAAAUGCACUGCCUUUUACGACACCUGAAGCUACAAUAGCCCCUUUGUCGACAUUACCUCCGGUCUCCUAUCUAACCAAAUCAUUCAGUGCUUCAGAUUGUGGGAACAAGAAGUUCUGUAUUAGGAGUCCUGUGAACUGUGACCCAGAGAAGGAGCACGCCUGUUUCUUCUUGUCCUUCACACGAGAUGACCAAUCAGUGGUCGUUGAAAUGAGCGGUCCCAGUAAUGGCUAUUUAUCCUUUGCGUUUUCUCAUGACAGAUGGAUGGGUGAUGAUGAUGCUUAUUUGUGUAUUCGUGAAGAUCAGACUGUACACAUACAACCUUCCCAUUUGACGGGGCGAAGUCACCCUGUGAUGGACUCCAGGGGUGCUCUUGUGGAUCUGGCUUGGAGGCUGGUGGAUGGCGUUAUGCAGUGUUCUUUCAGAAGAAACAUUACCCUUCCUGGGGUUAAGAAUAGAUUUGAUCUAAACACAAGCUACUACAUAUUCCUAGCAGAUGGUGCAGCUGACGAUGGUCGAAUCUAUAAGCAUUCUCAGCAACCUUUGAUUACAUAUGAAAAACAUAAUGUGACAGACUAUCCAAAGAAUGUGGGAGGAUCCCGUUCUUUAUUCCUUCUGAAAGCUCAUGGUGCCUUAAUGUUUGUGGCAUGGAUGACUACCGUGAGCAUAGGUGUGCUUGUUGCUCGGUUCUUCAAAUCUGUUUGGUCAAAGGCUUUCUUUGGUCAAGCAGCUUGGUUUCAGGCGCAUCGGAUGCUCAUGGUCACGACCACCGCCCUUACCUGCAUUGCUUUUGUGCUGCCUUUUGUUUACAGAAGAGGCUGGAGUUGGUACGCAGGUUAUCAUCCAUACCUUGGCUGCAUAGUGAUGAUUUUAGCAGUUCUUCAGCCCCUUUCGGCAGCAUUCAGGCCACCUUUACAUGAUCCCAGAAGGCAAAUAUUUAACUGGACUCAUUGGAGUAUGGGCACAGCUGCUAGAAUAAUAGCAGUGGCAGCAAUGUUCCUGGGAAUGGACUUACCAGGACUAGAUCUUCCUAGCCCAUGGAAAACCUAUGCAAUGAUUGGAUUUGUAGCCUGGCAUGUUGGGACGGACGUUGUACUGGAGAUACACGCCUACCGACUUUCUCGAAAAGUUGAAAUAUUGGAUGAUGCUAGAAUUCAGAUCCUCCAGUCAUUUACUGCAGCUGAAGCAGAAGGUCAUGCUUUUAAAAAGGUGGUGUUCGCAGUUUAUAUCUGUGGGAAUGUGACUUUUCUCAUCAUCUUUUUAUCUGCAAUCAACCAACUCUGAGCAAGCAAAAUCUUGGCUUUGCAGACCAGAUGAUAAUGAUCAUUAAGCCAAAGGAACUUGAAGCCUGUACUGACUGCCUGGAGCGUAUUCAUGAAUUCUGAAUUGGAAGAGCAGGUCAUAUCUCUAGAGGAAUUCCGAGGUGUGGUUUUUAGAGAUCAACUUUCAGCAGGGUCCUAUGGACUAUAAAAAGGAUGUGAAGCCUUUAUGUGUGAUUCUGAGUGUUACUAAGGAGGGUAGUACUUGAGGAGAAAUGACUCUUCUCGUGAGGAGAAAUGACUCUUCCAUGAUGAGAUUUUUAGAAUGUUAGCCUUUAAGGAAAGAACUAUUUGGAAAGACAGAAAUGAUGUCACUUGGAGGAAAUGGAGAUUGUAUUAAGAUGAAUAUAUUUUGGACUAUAAAGGUGCUCUUUUAAAGAAAAUAUUUAUGCUAGUUUAUCUGAAUGGUCUUCCAUCAAAAAAUGGACUUUUUUGAGAAACUAUGUUUUUCAGUCCAGUUUUUUGGACAUGUCCUUUUUCCUAUGUAUUCUGUUACUUCUCUGGUAAAGGUGGAAGUGGGGGUAGUACUUAAGGAGAAGUACUAACAUUUAAAUAUAUUAUGAAUAUGAUAAUUUCCUUUUUUAGCAAUGAAAUGCAAGUGUGCAUCUUCUGCUUAAGACUGUCUUUAUAUAUUUAGUUACAGGGCUGAAAUGACAUUUUAUAUGUUAAUUGUUUUGACUCUAAGAUUUAAGUCUUAGCUCUUGGAGAUUGUAGACUUGCAUUUCAUAAGUAAUAAAAUUUACCCUUGUGAAUA